AUGGCGGACACUCCUGAUCCGACUGACCAGGCGAUACUGCAAUAUGCGCCGGACUGGUACCAGGACAACAGUCGGGAAUUCCCAUCGCACAGCUUGGACGACGAUCCCGACAACGAUGACAAGAAAAAGAACAAGAAGGACAGCAAGAACAACAAUGAAGACGAAGACGAAGACGAAGACGAAGACGACGACAACGACGAAGACGACAACGAUGAUGACGACGAUACCAAAGAUGACAACGAUGAUGACAGCGACAACUCAACGGACAAGAUCAUCAAGACGGCGACCCGGUCUCACGACAAAUCAGUGCAGACCAACGCCAGCCAGAGGCAGGGGGACCAACACGCACCCCUGUUCGUCCCGCAGCCGCCUGCCAAGUUCGCGAACCACGGGCAGUGGGAGUUCAUCGAGUUCGUGCCCGGAUGGACGGACCCGAUCUGGGAUGGCCACGAGACGGUCAAGAUCGACGACCACCACAAACACCUCGUCGUCGGGGAUUACAUCGUGAAGCAGGCCGAGAUACACGCGGCGGCGGCGGGGGCAGAGGACGUCGAGGCGCUGCUGGAGACGUACUCGCGGCUGACGCCGGGCGGCGAGUCGAGGCAACCCUCGGCGACGGAGCAGUUCGUGGUCCAGGCGAUGCAGGACAUCCGGGACGACGAGGACUGGCAGUCCCUGGUCUUUUCGGGCCUGACCACGCAAGAGCUGCUGGACGAUGGGAUACUGUCGCUCAAGAACACGUACGGCUGUAACUUGGAGAACGACUUGCACGGGUAA